UACAUAUCGAUGCAUUCGCAACGAAUAUGAAAGUUGAUCGAUCGGCGUUCCAAAUAAGAGAGGUCACAAAACUUGAAAAGAAUAUACUUAAAAAGUGCAGAAUUCGUCAUAAAUUGCUUUAUGUAUAUAUUUAGUUUUAUAGACGAUCGAGAAGGGUAUCCUUGUAACAUAUACUAGCAAUGUCGUACAGGGAUUUAAGGAAUUUUACAGAAAUGAUGAGAGCUCUUGGAUAUACUCGUCUGAUCUCCAUGGAGAACUUCCGCAACCCCAAUUUCCAGUUGGUUGCUGAAAUAUUAAUAUGGCUAGUGAAGCGGUUUGAUCCUGACUCAGACAUUCCAUCAGAAUUUGAAACUGAACAAGACAGGGUCCUACUUGUUAGAUCUGCUGCACAGUUCAUGGCAUCUAAGGCUAACAUCAAACUCAACACAAAGCGUCUCUACCAGGCUGACGGCUAUGCUGUCAGAGAGCUGCUCAAGGCAACCUCUGUACUCUACAGUGCUCUGCGAGUCAAUGUAACAGCUCUCGGAGAUGACACCUCCUCCGUCUCAUCCCCUGUUGACAUCUCUUCAAAGAUCCAUGAAUUGGCGCAGACCAGGCAACUGACGUCACAGAUUACAGCAAAAGGAGCAGGACUGUAUGAUUUGCUGGGCAAGGAAGUGGAAAUGCGGGAGCUGCGCAAUCUGCGCAUCAGCCGACAACUCGAGAUGGCAGAAGUGGAGGCUUCAGUGCGACAAGCCCUUGAAACGGUGAAGAUGGAGAUCGCAAAUACAAAGCAGCUGAUGGAAAAUGUUUCUGCCAGUGAGGCCAACCUAGACAGUAAAAUUGAGAAAAAGCGAACUGAACUGGAGCGCAACCAGAAGCGCCUGCAGACUCUGAAGAAAGUUAGGCCAGCAUUCAUGGAGGAGUUUGAACGUUUGGAAGUGGAGUUACAGCAGCUGUACCAGGAUUACUUGGUUCGGUUCCGGUGUCUGGCAUAUUUGGAGCAGCAGCAAGAUGAUGCAGAACAGGCAGAACACGAGCGUAUGCAGGCAAGACAGGCUCACACGAAGAAACUGCUGGAGCAGAUGCGGCAGGAAGAUAGGUCUCUUGAUGGCUCAGGGGACCUGUUUGAGCCAGGAGAGGUUAAAGAUGGAGAUGAGAUUUCAAAGCUGGGUGUUGGGAAGGCAAGUCGUGUGAGAAUCAAGACUGCAUCAGGAGUGAUGCGCAAAGCGUCUGCAGCAGGCCAACAGACACGCCGUGUGUUUGGCAGCAUGAACGCACCACCCGAUGAAGACGACGAUUCUGGCAGCCUGGAUUCGGACUCUGAUUUGCUGCUUGAUGGAGAGGGCUCAGAGUUAUUGGGCAGUGAGGAAGAGGAUGAGGUUGAGGUGGAUGUCGCAGUGAACAAGGACAAGAAGAGUACAAGCAGGGUGCAUCAGGAGCACAGCGAUGAUGACUUCUGAAAAUACCAAGUUCUUUGGAAUUACCCAUGCCAUUCAGUCAUCACUCAUCAUGCACCUAGAAUUAGAUGCCACUGCUUCCUGUUUAGCAUUUUCUUCACUGCAUAGCUGUGUUGGUAUGCAAUACAGUUUCCCUUUUGUAAAAUCUGUUAUUUCAAGUGACAGACGUUGCAGUCAGUAGACACCAUGUGUGAUGAGUAUGGUCCUCUCUGAUGACACACUGUGUAGUUCAGUAGUGAAGUAAAGUCCCCUGUGCUUAACUAAUUAAGCACUUUGGGAGCAGCCCUGUGAAAGUCCCAUGUUAUUGGUGGGCAACAUGGCCGCCAUGACACCACGGUUCAGUGCUGCUGCUAUCUCUACGCAUCCUACAUUAACUAAAUUUAAAAUGGCCGACAGGGGCCGAGAGCACAAUCGGUAAGAAGGUAUGCUAACAUAGCAACUAUUUUGAGUGCUCCCCCCCCCCAAAUGCUUUGUUCGUUAGAAUAGCAAGAAAUACUUUUACAACCAGAUCUCAUGUACUGCAGAGGUCCCCCCCAUAACCUAUUUCUAUUUUUGAACUGUGUUCAG